CACGAUAAACUAAAUUCGCAAACAUUUUAAUAAAUAAACGCAAAAAGUAACGCCCGGUCGUGUUGGCCCGAGUGAGGAUUCUACAAACUGUGUCGGUCUAAAUCCACACCGAGAUGGCUCUCGAAACAAUGUGCCGAAUCUGCCUCCGGCCCGAUCCGGUGCCCCGGCAGAGUCUCUCCGAGGGCACCAUCGUGGGCCGACCCGCCGCCGAAGUGCUGUCCCUUGUGGGUGGCGUUCCGAUCCUGCCGGAGGACCGCUACUCGCAGGUUUGCUGCUCCGACUGCUGGCAACAGCUGGAGGUGGCGUACAACCUGCGGGAGCUGAUCCAGCAAUCGUACCGGAAGUUGGGCGAGAUGCUUAACGGCGUCGCUGACAAGGUGGUGGUUGUUAAGCAGGAGUUGGGCGAGGUUGGGGAGGAGCAGGCUUCGAUGGUUGGAAAUUACGAGUUUCUGAAUCUCAAAUCUGACCCAUGUUCAUCAAUCGUUGUCAAGUCGGAACCAAUGGACAGCGAGGAGCUUCCCUCAGAGGAGGACGAGACACCAAAGAUCAAAGAGGAAGUUACCGUGGAAGAGACACGUGUCGAAGAUCCUGACGAUUCCUCCUCCGAUGGCGCGAGGGGCAACCCGCGUAGCUUCUUCGAGGAACUUCCGGUGAAGCCCACCCAGUGCUGCGGCUGUCGGCUCAGCUGCGCCAGCAUGGAGGAACUCCAUGCCCACUUCAAAGCUGUGCACGCCCCGACGCGGACGCCCUCCGCCGAUAUCAAGAAAGGCUUGCAAGAAUGCUCCCAGUGCUACAAACUAAUCAGAUCGAAGAACAGCCACCGGCCGCGAAGUUUGCGCUGCAAGCUCUGCGGCGAAAUGUUCUCCAAAUGGUACGGAGCAACGUUGCACUACAAGAACAAACACAGACCGGGCAAGCGCCCGGAACCCAAGAUCUGCUGCGGCUGCCACGAGCGCUUCCAAACCACCCCGGAGCUCAAAAUCCACGCCAAUCUGACGCACUUCCCCAACCGCCUCCCCCACGACGAGAAGCGACCCUUUGUGUGCGAAAUCUGCUACAAAAACUACCCCGACCACACCGGUCUCCACCAGCACCAGCGGCGACUCGCCAAGGACAGCAAACCUCACCAGUGCACCCAGUGCGAGCGGUCCUUCCACUUCCUGAACGCCCUCCGCGACCACGAGCUCAUGCACAAACAGGAAAAGACCCUGCCCUGCCCAAAGUGUCCGGCCCUCUUCAUCACGCAGCACUCCCUCCGGAAGCACAUCGCGCGCCACGAAAUGCCCCCCACAAAGUUCCAGUGCGCCACCUGCGCGAAAUGCUUCAAGUCCCAGAAAAGCCUCCGCGAGCACGGUUACGUCGCCCACACCGGCGAACGACCCCACAAAUGCGCCCACUGUGAGGCCAGCUUCGCGCGGUACGAUUGCUAUCGGGCGCACGUCCGGGGCAUGCACCAGGAGCAGCAGCAGGACCAACAGCAGCAGGGUGAGCGCGAUGUGCACGAGUGCCGCGUCUGUGGGAAGACGUUCCGGCUGGCGCACUAUCUGGUGAGACACACGCGGGAGAUGCACGAGCGGACGGCGAAGCCGUUUCCGUGCGCGCAUUGUGCGGAGGGAUUUGUGCGCAAACAGGGCUUGAUGAACCACAUGGCCAGGGUGCAUCCGGGGAUUGGGGAGUAGGGUGGAAGGAGGGAGAAUUUAAUUUAUAGGAAAAGGUA